AUGCUGCCGUACAAGACCCUGCUGCUCGCACUCGGCUUCUUCUUCACCGUGCAGUGCCAUUUCUUUGCGUCAGCAUCCUCCUUUGAUAUUGCCGACAACAACCAGAACGGUGUUCGGCUCCUGCGCUCACCUGAAAAGACGGAUGAAGAAAGAGGUGCCGUGGACGCCCUAAAGAGCGAACUUUCCUUUAUGAAGUUGAACUGGGCAGCAAGGAGCAAGAUAACUCCGAAAGAGAAACUUGUUGCGAAGCAAGCCAAAGAAAUGUCAAAUACAAAGGAAAAGUUAUCUAAGAUUGAAGCGAAACUACAGGCAAAAGCAGUCAAGGCCGAGCAGAAAGUGAAGGAUCAAGCGAUCAAGGCAGAGCAGAAUCUGAAAGCAAAAAAUGAGAAAGCGGCUCAGCAACUGAAGGCACUUCAACAAAAUGAGCUCGAAAAGCUGGCUAAGCAGGCGGCCAAGGAUGACAAGAUGUACAAUCGAUGGCUAAUGGCAGAAAUGACCCCAGAUGAUGUCUACAAGAAGUUCAAGUUCAAAGAGCUCGCGAAAAAGGGAAUCUACCCGACCACCAGCGUGAAUUACAAGCACUACAAGAAUUAUCGGACCAUUUAUUAUGCGCGCUACCCUAAACUUCUUGAGAAGCUAGACGCGUAA